AUGCCUUUGAAGAAGAAGCUGAUUCUCAGUCUUGCGCUCGGCAUGGGAGUGGUGUGCGGCGCUAUUGGAAUAGUGAAAGCAACAGGAGUUCCAACACUGGCCAGUCAAGACGUUAGCUCGAAUCGAAUCGCAUACUGGGGCCAUCAAAUUGCUCACAACCUUUCAAGUGUCGAAGGAAAUCCAAUAAUCAUAGCGGCCUGUAUACCGGUGCUUCAGCCUGUUCUUGAGAUGUUGAGGGGACGCAAUAUCUGGAGCACCAAGAAAGACUCUGGUCAGCACCAUUACGAAGACUACAAUAAGCAGAGCGGACAGCAGCGACCUGGAAUCGAGCUGCAAGACAAGCCAAGAAAGAAAGUUGAUACUUAUGGCUUUACGAUCCAAGGAAAGGAAGGAAGCGAGGAAAAUAUGGUUGAUGCCGACAAGGUAUCCCGCACUACUUCGUCUAGGCCAGAGAGUCCUAAGGAUGGCAUAGUAAGGGCUGAUCAGGUUACUAUUGGCUAUGAUGGAGGAGAGGGGGGACCAACAUCGGCGGCCAAGAGAUGGGCUGCUGUAUAA